AGAACGAAAGACGGCGGAACUUCUCCGAAGCUGUUGCUAUGGGGACGGAGCACAAACACUCGCGUGAAGCUCGAGUCUGAUCGUGGAUUCACGCACUGAAAGGCAAAGUUUUCUUCCCGCCUAGAACCGACGCCGGAACCAAAAGGGCCUGCAGAACCGGUGGAAGAGGUGUCAUGCCAAAAAAAGCAAAGAAGAGUUUGGGGAGGACAGAAGAGGAGCGCUUGGUGCAGCUGCAGCACAGAGUCCAGGCUGAGGAGGAGAUGUCCAAGAAGAAGGAGGAGAUGCUGACACUAUUCCUGAAGGACAAGCUGCAGAAGGAGCAGAAGAACACGGCGGUGAACCUGCUGAAGGUGACCGACCGCUGGAGGUCUCUCCUGCGUCAGGCUCGGGUUGCUGAGCUACGAGGGAACAUUUCAGUAUUCCAGCAGACGUUUGAGAGGGAGGUGGACGAGCUGGACUUUAUCACUGAGAAGCUGGUGGGGGACCUGCAGGGGGCGGAGCGUCAGACCGCGCAGGUGCAGGCCAGUCACCUGCAGCACCUGGACCACCUUCUGGCUCAGGACCUCAAGCGGAUGAAGUUUCUGCACCAGCACUGGGGAGGAAACCUGCAGGAUUUGAGCUCCUCAAGCAGCUCUGAGAAGCAACAAAUGUUUGUGCAGUCUGAGGAGCAGCAGGACAAACUCCAGAGCAAAGUGGAGUCUGCAGAUCAGCACCACAAAGACACCAUGCAGGAGAUAAAAAACAUCUCCACAGAAAGAGAGAGCUGGUUCUCCACCUUUUCCGACUCAGAGAACGUUCAAGUGGGGUUAGGAGACACUCUGCACGAGAGCAUCUCCACCGUCCUCAGAUCUCUGAAGCAAAACAUCAACAGUUUGAAGAAGAACGAGGAGGAGCUGGCUCUUCGGCUGGAUCAUGUCACUCAACAACUGGAGAUCACGCUGAGACUGAAGAGCAGCGCUGAGCAGCUGAGAGACCGGCUGAGAGUCAGUGAGAGGGAGAAGGAGUUUAUGGAGGAGAACCUGACCAGCUGCAGGAACCAGAUGAACCUCCGGUUUUACCAGGCCCAGGGUCAGGAGGUUCUGGGUCGCCUGGAAACAAAGGAGCAGCUCCUCCGGCUCGCAGUGCAGGGGGACGCUGCCGCUGAGAAACUGCAGGCCACCAUCGCCCAGGGAGAGAAGGUGCUGCGAGCCGCCAAGAUGGGCCUCAAGUUGAAGCAUGAAGUUUUACCACAACUGUUUGCCCCCCUACACCUCCCCCCUGAGGAGCACACACAGGACCCUGAGGACGAUCUGGACCUGCAGCAGCAUCUCAGCAAAGCUCUGCUGCAGCGGGAAGCUCUGAGGGAAGACAAAGACGACGUAAGCCGAGAAAACGUGCAGCUCCAGCUGCUGUUGGAGCAUGAAUACGGGCUUCAUGAAGACUGCUCUCCACUGCCCACAUCUCAGGCUCCCAUCAUAUUCUCACCAGCUGCCGGGCAUCAGCACCACACUGUAAUCGAAGCGGCACACAUCGCUAAAUACUGCCUGUGAAAAAACAGGAGCACGGGUUUUGGAUCAACCUGUCAAUCUCCAGAAAUGUUCUGUUGUUGUUGAAGUGUUGAGAUCCCUGUCACCCUCUGAUGGUAAAAUAAAACCACUUCCUCAAAUGUGA